GUGAAACCUUUGUCCUGGGAGAUGGCCUCCCAGGGCCCCUGGAGCCUCGCCUGGACCCCAUGGACUCUGCCUUGAACUCUGUCAACUCCUCCAGCCACAGCAGGAGCUGCAGAGACUUUCGCCUGCCAGGAUACAGGCACCUGCACCAGCCCUGCAGCCUCAGCCAGGGCAGCACCUCUGCCCUGCGCAGGCUUAGCUCUGGGGGCUCCGACAGGUACCUCAGCCCCCGCGACAGCUCCAGGCUCGGCGGCCGCGACCCUUCGGCCUGGACGGUGGAGGAGGUGAUGCAGUUCAUCAGGGACUCAGACCCACAGCUGGGCCCCCACGCAGACCUCUUCCGCAAGCACGAGAUCGACGGGAAGGCUCUGCUCCUGCUGCGCAGCGACAUGAUGAUGAAGUACAUGGGGCUGAAGCUGGGCCCAGCCCUGAAGCUCACUUACCACAUCGACAAGCUAAAGCAAGGCAAGUUCUGA